AUGGAACAACAACCACUCUACACUGGACAAUCACAAUUCUAUCAACAACCACCACCUCAGCAAUACCCAACCCAACAACAAGUCUAUACGCCACAAUAUUAUGUUCAACCUUCCGAAACAACUGCGUAUCAUCAAACCGUUGCAACCACUCAUUAUGCGUCGAGUGGUGUAAAUGAAGAAGAUGCCAACACUGCCAUGUUAAUGUUCGUCAUUGGCUUCUUCUUUGGUAUUUUAUGGAUAGUGAACUAUGCGAUGUACCGAAACUCUCCUAAUCAAAAGGCUCAACAGUAUGCAAAGUAUAGCUUGAUGGCUUUUGUCAUUUCAUUGAUAUUAUCUGUGGUUCUAACUUUUGUAUGCAUUCUUAUUCCAAUCAUCAUGAUAUCUUCUGUACCUAGCUACAAUUAA